GCGGCCCCUUAUAACGGCGUCCCGAAAGACGAAGAAACAAAAUUAGAUCAUAGUAAUAUAAUUUUCUUGUUCGUCGCGCGAGAUAAGGUGUUCCAUAAUCUUAAGAAUUAAUCGUAACACGCAUGCGCAUCGAUUACAAGCAUAUCUCAAGAUUUAUUGCAUAUUCACCGCGCCCGCAGUAAAUAUAUAUUAGAAUUUGUCAAGCCGUGUCAGAGACAACGACGGACGACAGUGUCUUCCCGUACACAUGUGUGUGUAUGCAUGGUGUGCGCGCGCGCGUUUACGUGUAUACUCCGCGACGAAAACAGAGCUCCGAUCGCUGCGGAGAAACGCAGCUCUCUCUCUCUCUCUCUCUUCUUCCUGUAACAUCAUCGUUCCGUGCGUGACGCACAAAACAAACGCGACGAUCAAACGAGAAGAGCGAAAGACGGUGAGUGUCGUAGCAGAGAGUCAGUUAGUAAUCGAUAUGACACUCAUGUAAUCAUGGGUCGUCGUCGUCAUUAUCAUCAUCAUCAUCAUCAUCAUCAUCAUCGCCGUACAUAAACACGACGGCAAUUCGGUGAAGAAUGAAUUCUCGGCCGUUUGUGCUCCUUCGACGAAUCUGUAGAGAAAGUUCACGACUGUAAGACUUGUUUAAAAAAAAAAAAAAAGAUAAGGAAAAUAAAGCGAGUGUAGAGUAUAAAGGUGAAAGAGUGCGAUGUGCGAUAAGGACCGUCUUCCGAUAAGGAUCAGACAGUAGAGGAAGAGGAAGGAUUUCAUCGUCUCGUCCGCUGCCGAUCGUGCGUGUAGCCAAUUUGCUCCGAUCGCCAGCGAAAAUCGUUCGAAUGCAGAGAUCGUCACGAUGGUGAUACGAUCAUAAUUAUCGAUUCGCAGCUUGCCGCGUAUGCAAUUGCUCAGAUUUGUCUGCAUCCGCGUGAAGAUCCUUAAGACUGCCCGUCCUUACCAAGUACCCUUGCAAGUACCAUGGAAGUAGUAGAAAUCUAUAAAUCCUACUGAAAGGAGGAUGCCAGUAACUAAACGCAUUCCAUAUCCUUCGCGAUCCGACGGCGGUAGUAGCGAGAGCCCAUUGCUCGUGGAAGAAGGUGAGACAGUCGGCACGCCUCACAGUCCACGCAACAUACACAGUCACAGUCAUUCACAUGGCAAUCCACAUCGGUCUCACAGUUAUCACCAUGAGAAGCCAAAACAAUUAGUGAAAUACGGUGAAUUAGUUAUACUUGGAUACAAUGGUUACCUUCCACCUGGCGAUAGGGGUAGAAGGAGAAGUAAAUUCGUAUUAUACAAAAGACCCGUGCCAAAUGGUGUUAAACGUAGCAAGCAUUAUAUUGUUAAAACGCCUCAUUGUUCACAAGCCAUUCUCAAUACGAAGCAACACUCGAUUUCGUACACGCUCUCCAGAACGCAAGCUGUUAUCGUCGAAUACACGGAAGACGAAAAAACGGACAUGUUCCAGAUCGGUCGUUCGUCUGAAUCGCCUAUCGAUUUCGUAGUGAUGGAUACAUGUGCGGGCGGUAGCGAUGGUGGACCUGCUAACGAAGGACGCGUCGCCCAGAGUACUAUCAGUAGGUUCGCCUGUCGGAUUCUGGCGGAUCGAUCAGAUCCCAGAAUUGCGAGAAUUUAUGCCGCAGGAUUCGACAGUUCGAGAAACAUUUUCCUAGGGGAAAAGGCAACCAAAUGGCAAGAGAAUCGGGAGAUCGACGGACUUACAACUAAUGGAGUCUUGAUAAUGCAUCCGCGGGGUCAAUUCUGUGGUGGUGAGGCGCAGUGUGGUUUCUGGCGGGAGGUUAGCGUGGGCGGCGGUGUUUUCUCGCUCAGGGAAAGCCGGAGUGCUCAACAGAAGGGUAAUGUCGUGGAGGAGGAGAACAAUAUUCUACAAGACGGUACUCUCAUUGAUCUUUGUGGCGCUACUCUGCUCUGGCGAUCAGCCGAAGGUCUCGCAAAGUCUCCGACGAAACAAGAUCUAGAAGAGUUAGUCGAUGCUAUAAAUGCCGGCAGACCACAAUGUCCUGUAGGCUUGAACACAUUGGUCAUACCACGCAAAGCAGCUUCAGACUCGACGCAGCAACAGCCAUACGUUUACCUUAAAUGCGGUCACGUACAGGGACAUCACGACUGGGGUCAGGAGAAGGAUAAGGUUACAAGAAGGUGUCCUAUGUGCCUAGUGGCAGGGGCAGUAGUCAAACUGUCUAUGGGAAUAGAGCCUGCCUUCUACGUAGACUGCGGACCGCCCACUUACGCAUUUAGUCCCUGUGGGCAUAUGGCUACAGAGAAAACCGUCAAAUAUUGGGAAAAAGUAGCCAUACCACACGGCACAAACGGCUAUAUCGCGAUCUGUCCCUUCUGUGCGGUGCCGCUCGAGGGAACGCCAGGAUAUGUAAAACUAAUUUUUCAAGAUAAUGUAGAUUGAAAAGAUAUAUAAAAUAAUGGAACACUGUAGAAAUUAAUAAACUUCUUAAGAAAUAUAAGGAUUAUUAAACUCGA